AUGAAAAACAAGCUGACCACCCUAUUUCAGAUAAAAAUUCUUGCUCCCGGAUCAUCGAAUCGUGGAGUUGCGUUGGGCACCCCUCUGGGGUUAUUUGGAUUGUCCGCAUUUGUGUUCUCUCAAAUCAAUUCGUCCUUCUUCAAAUCGGAUGUUUAUCACUUCCUCGUGUUUGUCGCCAUAUCCACCGGGCUUUGUCAGUUCAUUGGUGCUUGUUUCUUGGUAGACGUUCCCCCCAUACCAAUGCAAUGCGACGAGGUCGUGACCGUGAUUACAACAAAUCCGGCUUCCUAUGAUCAUCAUCAACAGGACGUCAACGAUACCCAUGAUCACAAAACUCAAAAACACGUGAGGUUUACCGAACAGACACCACUCAUAGGUCGUUCGGAUGGUAUCGACGACCGACAUGAACAUCACGAACAACGCGAUAUUUGCGGAUGGGAAUUGAUUCAAAAUGGUGACGCGCGUCUAUUGUUUAUCGCUAUUUUAUUCAUCGGCGGAACCGGUUUGAUGUAUAUCAAUAACGUCGGAACCAUGAUAAAAUCCUUAUACACUGCCUCGAUCGACGACCGUCAUCCUCUACCUGGCAAUGAUCAACAAAUUGAGAUGCAUAGACUGCAAAGCUUACACGUGUCCAUAAUCUCGAUAUGUUCUUGCAUUGGACGUUUCUCGGCGGGUCUAUUUUCCGAUUUUACCAAAUACAUGUACAAGCUACGAAGAUUGUGGUUCAUCAUAGUGGCAGGACUACUUUUAUUCGUAGGGCACAUGUUAUGUGGUUUCCUGGUGAAAGAUUUGGAUCUGUUGUGGGCAACCAGCAUAUUGAACGGACUUGGAUGUGGGUUCAUGUUUGGAAUUGCACCAACCAUCACCACCGAAUGGUUUGGUUCUAGGAGGUUCGGUUUCAAUUGGUAUGAAACGUUCUAUGCCAGCAGUCUUGGUAAUGCUAUCAGUGUGUGCAUGACUCUGGGUUUAUUGGUGUGGCGAAUGAAAAGAGAUAUAAUUCGGUGGCAGUGGAUACGUGAGACUGAAGUGGUUCGGAAAGAACAUGAAGAAACGGAUUCUAGAGCGAGCCAAUGUGGGGUCGGGAGCAACGAGAUCCUCUGGGGUAAUAAUGUUGGUGUAAGCAUGCACGUCGUGGAGGAGAGUGAGGUUGAAAACGACGAAGGCGAGGUGGUGGUGCAUAAUUAUGACGGAUUGUUGAUCAGUGAGAUUUGUGGUGGUGAAAGGAAUGAUAAGGCGGGUGACUGUGAGAGAAAAGGAUUUAAAAACGCGGAUCUACAGUAUUUAGUUGAAACUUAA